GAGUGUGUGUGAGGGCCACUCUCAGAGACCCCGGCCCCUAAGGGAAGAACACAGACAGGGGAAGGAGGAUUUAUUGCUGAAGGCCUUUUUUUGAACUUUCCAACAAGCCAGAGUUCUCAUCCUUUCUUUUCUCUUAUGUGGAGUACUUGGAGCUAACUUGCUGGGAUUAAAAGGAUACUGUUUUUUUUUACUGAAAGCUAUGGUGGCUUACGAUGAACUGGGUAUCUUGGUGCCUAUCAAACGGACUCUACAAGUGAUAGACUGCCAGAACCAAGCCAACAAAGACUCAGAGGAACCAAGCAACAAGCGUGUCCGUCCUCUCGGCAGGGUGACGUCGCUAGCCAACCUCAUCUCGCCCGUGAAGAAUGGGGCCGUCCGGCGCUUCGGCCAAACCAUCCAGGCCUCCUUCCGAGGCGAUGGAAGGUCGCCGGUCGUGCCCCAGAAGCCUUGCAGCAAGGCACCGGCCCCAACACCGCCAAAAAGGAGGAACAGCACCCUGUGGUCGGAGACGUUAGACAGCCACCAGAAGGGAACUUUCUCCACCAAGGAGAUCAAGCGCCAGGAGGCCAUAUUUGAGCUCUCUCGGGGAGAACAGGACUUAAUUGAGGACCUCCAGCUCGCACGCAAGGCGUACCACGACCCCAUGCUGAAGCUCUCCAUCAUGUCUGAGGAGGAGCUCACGCACAUCUUUGGCAACCUGGACGCCUACAUCCCUUUGCAUGAAGACCUGCUGGCCCAGCUGUCCAAGGCCAUCGAGCCAGACGGGACGGUGGGCCAGAUCGGGCAGAUCGUUGUGAGCUGGCUGCCGAGGCUCAACGCCUACAAGGACUACUGUAGCAAGCAGCUGGCCGCCAAGGCCCUGCUGGACCAGAAGAAGCAGGACCGGCGGGUGCAGGACUUCCUGCAGCGCUGCCUGGAGUCUCCCUUCAGCCGGAAGCUGGACCUGUGGAGCUUUCUGGACAUCCCGCGCUCGCGCCUGGUCAAGUACCCCCUGCUGCUCAAAGAGAUCCUGAGACACACCCCGGCAGAGCACCCGGACAGCGCCAGCCUGGAGGACGCGAUUGUCAUCAUCCAGGGCGUUCUGUCUGACAUCAACAUGAAGAAGGGAGAGUCCGAGUGCCAGUACUACAUCGAGAAGCUGGAGUACCUUGACGAGAGGCAGAAGGACCCUCGUAUCGAGCAGUGCAAGAGCCUGCUGUGUCACGGAGAGCUGCGGAGCAAGAGUGGAACGAAGCUGCAUGUGUUCCUGUUCACUGAGAUGUUGGUCCUGACCCGGCCCGUCACCAGAAACGAGCGCCAGUGCUUCCAGGUUUACCGGCAGCCCAUCCCAGUGCAGGGCCUGGUGCUGGAGGACCUGCAGGACGGAGACGUCCGCAUGGGCGGCUCCUUCAGAGGCGCCUUCAGCAACGCAGACAAGGCCAAGAACAUUUUCCGCGUGCGUUCCCAAGACCUGAGUCCCCCGCAGUCCCACACGCUGCAGGUCAACGACGUCUUCCACAAGCAGCAGUGGCUCAACUGCCUCCGCGGCGCCAUCUCCGUCCAGCGGCCUGCCGGCGACCCCCCCGCGCCGAGCCCCCCCCCCGAGCCACGCCUGCUCCAGGCGCCGCCCUUCCUCCGCCUCCGCCAUCGUCCCCAUGGAGGAGCCGGACGAGAACUACCUGCCCCCGACCUCCCAGUCGGCCCCCGGCUCGCUGUGCUCCACCGCGACCCCCCCCUCAUCCCCCUCAUCCCUCUCAUCCCCCUCAUCCCUCUCAUCCCGCUCCUCAUCGCUGUCAUCGCCGCCAUCGCCGUCAUCGCCACUCCCACACAAAACCAAAAAAGACAAGAAAUCUAUUUAUUCUUUGGGGAAAAGAAAAGAGACGAUGGUGUGAAGAGAGGGUGGCAGGAGAACAUGGACUCCUAACAGGACUUGAUGCUCUUUUUGUACAUAAAACAGAGAAACUCGGGGCUUGUAUUUAUGCGCGUCUACGUGCUUGCGUAUUUUUACACCAGUGUUCUGUGUUACUGUCCUCUUCGGCAGCUAUCUACUUCCCCCCCUCCCAGCGUCCCGUAGAGACGAGCUCCGGGAACGGACGCAAGCUUUACACAUCAAUCUGUGUCACAAGCUUGUUGAUUUCUUAAAGAACGAGGGGGUGCAGCAAAUCCUGUUUACUAUUAAGUUGAUAUUUAAGCUUUAUAGCUCUAUUUUAGACUUUUUGAGGGGAUAGUAAAAGUUUUACAAUUUUUUUUAAUCAAAACUGAUUGUAGUUUUUUAGUAUAAGGCAGCACUGUUUAAGCCUUGAGGGCAGGUGUUUUUUACUUUUAUUUUUUACUGUAUUGAGGUAUUGAAGACACAAAGAAAGAACGAGUCCCCCCACCCCCGGGGGGAGAGAUGUACCACACAAAGCCAUAAACGACCAGAGGACGUGUCUUACGUUGGUACAUUCUUGAAUGGCAGGUUGUGAAACCUGGACACUGUUGUAUUUACUACAGAGGCAUUAAUUUAAAUCCCAAACGGAUGAGAAUUUCUCACAGCAAUAAUAAUGUUCAAAUCAUGUCCGAGAAGAGAUGAGUUUUGUUGUAAGACAAAAUUUUGAACUGAGCCAUUUUUGCAAAAAAGAGAAACGCUUGUUAAGAACCAAAUUGCUGACUUUUCAGUGCAGCAUCUUGCAUGGAGCUUUAGUUGUGGCCACUGCCUGCACCGGUAGAGGCAGCACAACGCACAGAACCCUCCUUGAGGGACACUGCAGCCAAAGAUGAGGACGUUGACGCAAUGUUGUUGAAUGGGGAAGAGGACGGACAGGAAGGACACGAUAGUAUGUUUUGAGACGGAUUGCCAGUGUGAGAUGUAAAAUCUUGCUCAUGGAUGUUGGAUGGUAGAAGUAAAGGAAGAUGGAAGAAGUACGUUGGGGCAGGGAGAUGGAAAAAGGUUUUUUGAAAGUGUUUACGAGAUGUUUUGGUUGUUGAGAUGGAAACUAGAGAAAGAAGCAACUUUGUUGUAAUUGAAAGAAUAAAGACUGGUGUAAGAUUUGCAACUGAA